AUGCUUGCACCCAUGUCGUACAUCUCGAAGCUGCCCUCCCCCCCCUCUCGAGCCGGAGCUGUCCAUUCCUAUUCUAUUCUCGGGUGGGGUCCAACUGUGAGUUCGGCCGUCUUUAGCGGCCUAUUCUCAUUGGAGCCUGUAAGCGCACGUCGAGGUCUCACGCACUCGACGUGA